CGUCGUAAAAGCCACGAAUAGUGCUUCACAAUUUUGGCAGAGGAGCAUACGAACCCUAAAACUAGAUGCUUAGAUUGAGCUUCUACUUUUGAGACGAGGUCGUUGAUUGAUAUGACCAUCAGCUCAUCUUCGAAAAAGCACGGUCAAGAUCUGCCAGAAUUAAGUGGUCCUACCCCCAAAUCCCAGCGAACCAAAAUGGGCAAAUCUGAUGACAACGAUAAGAAGAACCUGGGUAAGAAACUCAAAGAUGUGGAAAUAAGCGUUCCAAUAGUGUAUGGAAACAUAGCAUUUUGGCUUGGGAAAAAGGCUAGCGAGUAUCAGUCGCAUAAAUGGACAGUAUAUGUUCGUGGAGCAACCAAUGAGGAUCUUGGGGCGAUAAUAAAACGUGUUGUUUUUCAGUUGCACUCUAGUUUCAAUAAUCCCACCCGUGUUGUGGAGUCACCGCCUUUUGAACUCUCAGAGGCAGGAUGGGGGGAAUUUGAAGUUGCCAUCACACUUUAUUUUCACAGUGAUGUUUGUGACAAGCCUUUGAACUUAUAUCAUCACUUGAAGUUGUAUCCAGAGGAUGAAAACAGUUCCAUGUCUGCAAAAAAGCCUGUUGUUGUGGAGUUUUAUGAUGAGAUAGUUUUCCCUGAUCCUUCGGAGGCCUUUUUAGCUCGUUUGCAGAGUCAUCCAGCUGUGAACUUACCAAGAUUACCUGCUGGGCUUACAUUGCCUCCUCCUGUACCUGUUGAGGAUGCAAGUAAAAGGAGGAAAGGUGAUACUAAAGAUCAUUCUUUAAGUCAAUGGUUCACGAAUUUCUCAGAAGCAGAUGAGCUCUUACAGCUUGCGGCAGCUCGACAGCAGGUUCAAGCACAUAUUGCUAAACUCAGACGACAGAUAAACUUGAUAGAUGGACAGCAUCAGCAGUUUAAAUCUUCUUCUGACCAGUAGAUGUACAAUUAGGAUUUUGGUGGCUCUUUUUGUAAUGACUGAAGGAGCAGAAGAAUGGGAUGAUUGUGUGCUUCUAAUCAGCUAGUUGUUUCUUCAAUUGUAUUGUAACUUGUUUCGUUUCUUUUUUUUUUUUGUCAACGAUGUUGUAAUUUUAGAGUAGUGUACCUCUGCCAAUAAACAGAAGCGGCCAAAUGUGUAUGAUUUAACCAUAAAAGAUUAGAAAAUGUAGUAUUUCUCAUUUA